AAAUGUUUGUAUAUUUUCUAGGCUCAAUAUGAUGCAGAAGCAAACCUUAAUAGUAUGACUGAAAGUGAAGACUUUGAUUUUGAAUCAUCAUUUUUUUCUGGUCUUCACAUGGAUAAUUUUUCAAAUUCUAGUGACACGUCAUCAUCAUCUACAACCGAAGGUGGUUUUCCUUUUGUUUUGCCCUUUUCUCCAAAUUUGCAUAGAGUUUCAAAUAAUUCAUUUGUUUAUGGUGUAGAGAGACCAAAUGAUAGAAGAAGAUCUCCUCGAUUACAACAGUCAUUCAUAGAAUGGAUACCAGGUCGCAUUCGCAAUGUUUUAUCAUCUUUAAUGCCAAAUUUUGCAGAUGAUGACUAUGAGGUAAUUAUUUAAUAUUGUCAAAAUCUU